AGUUAUAUCUAUAAUUGCGUAUAUGGAUACUUGUCUUUUCUAUUUACGCUAAUAGAUAUUGUAUUCAAUAUGUUUACAUUUGUUCUUUUAUAGACGUUUUAAUUUCGUUUAAUUCAAUAGACUAUUAUCGUAUAUAAACCUUUCUAUAAAAUCUGAAUAAUUGUUGACAUUUCAUAGUUCGUCUUUGAGAUUUUUCGAUAUGGUUUUCCAAAGACUACAUCGCAGCAUUAACAAGAUUGCUGAUAAAACCACGUUCGGCCAUUCGGCAAUCUUUAUCAACAUUUCUAGGUUUCACACCCAGCAUGAACAUUGUAGCAAUAACAGUUUCUCUACAGUUUUGGGAAUAAGUAAAAAUCUUCACAAAAUGUCCGCUAAUUAUGCGUUAUUAAACAGUGUUAGGGGUUAUAUUCAUUAUACCACCCCGGAACCUCAUGAUUUCGAGCUACCUCUGGAUACUAUGCCAAAAGAUGUAGAUACUCUCAUGAAAACUGAUCCAGGGUUGAUGGACUACUUUGGUAGCUAUUGGUAUUGGCGUAUACGCGGGGAAUCUACCUUGAUGGACACGGAGUCUCUACCGCAUAAGUCAUACAAACAAAUUGCCAGAGAUUUAGGUAUGCAAGUUGUUUCGGAACCUUCAGAACACAUGCUUGGACUCUUAGAGCUCUACGAGUACCUUAAAAGUUCACCAUUCGUCGGACCAUUUGGAACUGUCAAAAACCCGGUGCUUGUUCCGUCGGUACUAACAGAAAGAAUUGUUGGUUGUACUGGUGGCGCUGGAGACCACGAACAUGUCCCUCUUUGGUUUAGGUGUCGUGAAGGGUUUCUUUACAGAUGUGGUGAAUGUGAUCAAAUUUUCAUGUUAGUACGUGUUUUAUUCGCUUUACCGGAUGGAGAAGAUCCGUUCCCGUUGGAUCAGGAUGUAGAUGAUGUUUUCCAUAAGGAUAUACUUGCAAAGGGGCAUUUCAAGUGGAACUUUGGAGACUAUGUUAGAUGGCCCGUAGGAAAUGCUACAUACAAACAGCUAUUCUUGCAAGGUAAAUGGGGAAAUCCGGUUCCUGAAUCGUAUCCCUCAGACACACCAGAUACAGUUGACUCGCUCCCAUUGGAAGAACAUAAUAAAUACAUACAAUUUUAAAAAUACUUCGGUAUAGAAGUUAUGUAAUUGCUCAUCUAU